GGGGAAUUAUUUGACGCCACCGCCCCUGGCAGUCGGAAGUUGCUUGAACGGAGCUCAGCCGGCCGGCCAAGCGACCGGUUUUCGUCGUCUCCUGGGCGCCCUGUGAGAGUCACUGACGGGUGGAAGGACUGACCGCCAGUGGAGGGCCGGCCGGGGCAGUGGCAGCGCGGGCCGGAUGGCGCGGGUCGCGUGAGGCGGCAGGCCGAGUGCGGCCCGCGGUGCGCCCGCCCAGCGAUGCGGGCCCCGCCCGUCGCCUCAGAUGCCAUUUGGAUAGUACUUUAGUGGCACAAUGUACUCUGAGUGGCGGUCACUACAUUUGGUGAUUCAGAAUGAUCAAGGCCAUACCAGUGUGCUACACAGCUAUCCAGAAAGUGUUGGACGAGAGGUGGCGAAUGCAGUGGUCCGUCCUCUUGGGCAGGCAUUAGGUACCUCUUCAGUGGCUGGUAGUGAGAGUUUGUUAAAAACUGACAAAGAAGUAAAAUGGACCAUGGAAGUAAUUUGCUAUGGACUGACCCUUCCAUUGGAUGGAGAGACUGUAAAAUAUUGUGUUGAUGUAUAUACAGAUUGGAUUAUGGCUUUGGUGUUGCCAAAAGAUUCUAUUCCAUUACCAGUUAUUAAAGAACCUAAUUUAUAUAUUCAAAGUAUAUUAAAACAUCUACAAAAUCUUUUCGUACCAAGACAGGAACAGGGCUCCAGUCAGAUCCGACUGUGCUUACAAGUUCUGAGAGCCAUUCAGAAACUGGCCCGUGAGUCAUCCAUCAUGGCUCGAGAAACCUGGGAAGUCUUACUGUUGUUCCUUCUACAAAUUAAUGACAUACUUCUGGCCCCACCAACUGUUCAAGGUGGCAUUGCUGAGAAUCUAGCGGAGAAGCUGAUUGGUGUUCUCUUUGAAGUUUGGUUACUAGCUUGUACCCGGUGCUUCCCAACACCUCCUUAUUGGAAGACAGCCAAGGAGAUGGUGGCUAACUGGAGGCACCACCCUGCAGUGGUGGAGCAGUGGAGCAAGGUCAUCUGUGCACUGACCUCCAGAUUGCUCCGCUUUACAUACGGUCCUUCAUUUCCUCCAUUUAAAGUUCCCGAUGAAGAUGCCAACCUGAUCCCUCCAGAAAUGGACAAUGAGUGUAUUGCACAAACAUGGUUUCGAUUUUUACACAUGCUAAGUAAUCCUGUGGAUUUGAGUAACCCAGCCGUUAUAAGCUCAACCCCCAAGUUUCAGGAACAGUUCUUGAAUGUGAGCGGGAUGCCACAGGAGCUCAGCCAGUAUCCCUGCCUUAAACAUCUGCCUCAGAUAUUCUUCCGUGCCAUGCGUGGAAUCAGCUGUUUGGUGGAUGCAUUCUUAGGCAUUUCUCGACCUCGAUCAGACAGUGCUCCCCCAACACCCGUGAAUAGAUUAAGUAUGCCCCAGAGUGCUGCUGUGAACACCACACCACCACAUAACCGGAGGCACCGGGCUGUUACUGUGAACAAGGCCACAAUGAAGACAAGUACAGUUACUACUGCUCACACCUCUAAAGUCCAACACCAGGCAUCUUCCACUUCUCCUCUGUCAAGUCCAAAUCAGACUAGUUCAGAACCCAGGCCUCUGCCUGCCCCUCGAAGACCAAAGGUUAACAGCAUCUUGAAUCUCUUUGGAUCGUGGUUAUUUGACGCAGCAUUUGUUCAUUGUAAACUCCAUAAUGGAAUAAACAGAGACAGCAGCAUGACUGCAUCUUUUAUCCAAAUUCUUCUUUCUUAUAAAUCUUCCAUUGCAACACAAGCUAGCAUGGAGUUUCGACGGAAGGGUUCCCAAAUGUCAACAGACACCAUGGUUUCCAAUCCUGUGUUUGAUGCAAGUGAAUUUCCUGAUAACUAUGAAGCAGGAAGAGCUGAGGCUUGUGGGACAUUAUGUAGAAUUUUUUGUAGCAAGAAGACUGGAGAAGAGAUUCUGCCAGCUUAUUUAUCCAGAUUUUACAUGCUUUUAAUUCAAGGUUUGCAGAUAAAUGAUUAUGUAUGCCAUCCUGUCUUGGCCAGCGUUAUUCUAAACUCCCCUCCUUUGUUCUGCUGUGACUUGAAAGGGAUUGAUGUUGUGGUUCCUUACUUUAUUUCAGCUCUUGAAACCAUUUUGCCUGACAGAGAACUCUCAAAAUUCAAAAGCUAUGUAAAUCCAACAGAAUUGAGAAGAUCAUCCAUUAAUAUCCUGCUUUCUUUGUUGCCCCUCCCUCAUCAUUUUGGCACAGUCAGAUCUGAGGUGGUCCUAGAAGGAAAGUUUAGUAAUGAUGACAGCUCUUCUUAUGAUAAACCUAUAACUUUUCUGUCCCUGAAGCUGAGACUUGUGAAUAUACUAAUAGGUGCCUUGCAAACAGAAACGGACCCUAACAACACCCAAAUGAUACUAGGGGCAAUGUUAAAUAUUGUUCAAGAUUCUGCACUUUUAGAAGCCCUUGGUUGCCAAAUGGAAAUGGGUGGUGGAGAAAACAACCUGAAGAGUCACAGUCGCACCAACAGUGGCAUUAGUUCAGCAAGUGGAGGAAGCACAGAGCCUACAACCCCUGAUAGUGAGAGACCUGCUCAAGCUCUCCUGAGGGAUUAUGCUCUUAAUACAGAUUCAGCUGCUGGGCUCCUGAUUCGCAGCAUUCAUCUCGUCACUCAGCGACUCAACUCCCAGUGGCGGCAAGAUAUGAGUAUAUCCUUGGCAGCUCUAGAGCUCCUCUCUGGCCUGGCAAAGGUGAAGGUGAUGGUUGACUUGGGAGACCGGAAGCGUGCCAUCAGUUCUGUGUGCAGUUAUAUCGUAUACCAGUGCAGUCGGCCAGCUCCUCUUCACUCCCGGGAUCUGCACUCCAUGAUAGUGGCAGCAUUUCAGUGUCUCUGUGUCUGGCUGACAGAGCACCCUGAUAUGCUGGAUGAAAAGGAUUGCCUUAAGGAAGUCCUAGAGAUUGUAGAACUGGGUAUCUCAGGAAGCAAAUCCAAGAACAGUGAGCAAGAAGUCAAGUACAAAGGCGACAAGGAGCCGAACCCUGCGUCCAUGAGGGUAAAGGACGCCGCAGAAGCCACGUUAACAUGUAUCAUGCAGUUGCUUGGCGCAUUUCCUUCCCCCAGCGGUCCUGCCUCUCCUUGUAGCCUGGUGAAUGAGACCACUCUGAUCAAAUACUCCAGGCUGCCAACCAUAAACAAGCAUAGUUUCCGGUACUUUGUUUUGGAUAACAGCGUCAUCCUGGCAAUGCUGGAGCAGCCGCUUGGAAACGAGCAGAAUGACUUUUUCCCCUCUGUCACUGUGCUGGUCCGGGGAAUGUCUGGAAGACUCGCGUGGGCUCAGCAGCUUUGCCUUUUACCCAGAGGAGCAAAAGCAAACCAGAAGCUCUUUGUGCCUGAACCUCGCCCAGUUCCUAAAAAUGAUGUUGGAUUUAAAUAUUCUGUGAAACAUCGGCCAUUUCCUGAAGAGGUGGACAAGAUCCCUUUUGUAAAAGCAGACUUGAGCAUUCCAGAUUUACACGAAAUUGUCACUGAAGAAUUAGAAGAGAGGCAUGAAAAGUUAAGAAGUGGGAUGGCACAACAGAUCGCUUACGAGAUGCACCUGGAACAGCAGAGCGAGGGAGAAUUGCAGAAGCGAAGCUUCCCUGACCCUGUCACGGACUGUAAGCCCCCACCUCCUGCCCAGGAAUUCCAGACAGCCCGCCUUUUCCUUUCUCACUUUGGAUUUUUGUCCUUAGAGGCAUUGAAGGAACCUGCAAAUAGUCGCCUACCUCCUCACCUUAUUGCACUCGAUUCUACCAUACCUGGGUUUUUUGAUGACAUUGGGUAUCUGGAUCUCUUGCCAUGCCGGCCUUUUGACACAGUUUUUAUUUUCUAUAUGAAACCAGGUCAGAAAACAAACCAAGAGAUUUUAAAGAAUGUGGAAUCUUCCAGAAAUGUUCAGCCACAUUUCCUAGAAUUUUUGCUCUCGCUGGGCUGGUCAGUAGAUGUGGGGAGACACCCCGGUUGGACGGGACAUGUGUCCACCAGCUGGUCAAUUAAUAGUUGUGAUGAUGGUGAAGGGUCUGAACAAGAUGAAGUAACUUCCUCUGAAGAUGUUGGGGCUAGCAUUUUCAAUGGGCAGAAGAAGGUGCUGUAUUAUGCUGAUGCCCUAACGGAAAUAGCUUUUGUGGUUCCUUCUCCUGUGGAGUCAUUGACUGAUUCAUUGGAAAGUAACAUCUCAGACCAAGAUAGUGACUCAAAUAUGGAUCUUAUGCCGGGAAUUCUGAAGCAGCCACCCCUGACGCUUGAGUUGGUCCCCAAUCACACAGACAGUCUUAAUUCCUCACAAAGGCUCAGUCCCAGUUCCAGAAUGAAGAAGCUGCCUCAGGGUCGCCCUGUGCCCCCCCUUGGACCUGAGACAAGAGUGUCUGUAGUCUGGGUGGAACGCUAUGAUGAUAUAGAAAACUUUCCGCUCUCAGAUCUGAUGACAGAGAUCAGCACUGGUGUGGAAACUACUGCAAAUAGUAGCACUUCUCUGAGAUCUACAACUCUUGAAAAAGAAGUCCCAGUAAUCUUCAUUCACCCUUUAAACACUGGAUUGUUCCGGAUAAAAAUCCAAGGAGCCACUGGAAAAUUUAACAUGGUCAUACCUCUGGUUGAUGGGAUGAUAGUCAGCCGGCGAGCACUGGGCUUUCUGGUGAGGCAGACAGUAAUAAACAUAUGUAGAAGAAAGAGACUGGAGAGUGAUUCCUACAGUCCACCUCAUGUCCGUCGGAAACAGAAAAUCACUGACAUUGUCAACAAGUAUCGGAAUAAGCAGUUGGAGCCAGAGUUUUAUACUGCCCUUUUCCAGGAGGUUGGACUCAAGAACUGCAGUUCUUAGAAGGCAGUUUGCCCAGGUCAGUGAACUCCAGGGUGGGCUCCAACAUCAAAGCAAGACAGUCCUGUAAAAAUAAAAGCUGAUCACUCCCAAGAGCUCACUGUUGAAUCACCAGAAGAAAGACGCUGUGAAGCGACUGGCGUGAAGCCCAGCUCUCCAGUGAUGGACCCUGCACAGUCACACUCCUGCUGAAAACAGCCACAAGCAUCUUAGCCAUAAACUUUCUUUUAAAAGUGACAAUUUUAGUAAAAUACCAGCCUUUUGAGGAAAAAGGCUUUUAUGCACCAGUUAAAUACACGCAUUGAUAGUGUCAACACGUUUGCAAGUUAGAAACUGAAGAUAGUUUUAUACCUCGCUUUUUAGGAGGGUGUAUUCAAAAUUAAAAUCUGUCUCAGAAUCUUCCAGAACUUUUUAGGCUCAAGUUGACACUGUGGAGAAGGAAGGCUCCAUCGUUGUCCUCAUGUGUGAAUUCAUUUGUCACCCUGUCACACUGACAUAGGGUGAAAUAUAAAUGAGUUUUGUUCAGAUAAAAAGUCUGACAUUAAAAAAUUUCCUAUUUUCUCUCCAUAUUUAAGCAAGUUGUCCCUUUCAUCGCUGUGGAGACCUGUCACAUGGCUCAGCUUCUUAGCAGACAUGAGGAACGGAGGCACAGCCGUGUUCUCUGAGGGGUAUGAGUCAUGUUUGUGGUUAGAGGCUGUGAGAGAACAGCGGAGCCUCCUUCUCCGGUGCUGUUCAGUUUAAUGGCAUGGUGAUAGGUUAGACAUGGCUCCUCCAUAAACACCAGAAAUGUGAGUUCACAGCAGGGACUGAAAAUUAUUUGGCUUUAUUAAUCAUUGACUUCAGGACCAAGUGCAAGCUGCAGUAGUUGACGAAGGGUUCUGAUCUGUGGAGCAGGAAGUAGUGUCCCACUCAGCUCUUUGGAGAGCACCUAGCCCACAAUCCACAGAACUUAGUGCCACCUCCUUAAGUGGCUGCUGCUCUUUGGUUUCUGGCCAUAGCCAGCUGAAGGCACAAGUUGCUGCCAGGACUCUGGAACAUUUCUGUCACGUCACUGCUGCUUUUCUGCCAGGGACAAAGCUUAGGAGGCAGCCAGAACCAAUUUGUUUUAGAUGAACCCUGUUAUAGUGCUUGGUAUAUACCUGUUUUAUGUUCUCCAUCAGUAAGAGGUUUUUGUCUUAGAAAACAAGUGACAUUUAUAGUCCAAAGAGAAAUAAUCAGACUUGAAGGGGGUGUUCCUACUGGCUCUGUCUGUGUUGUCAUUACAUUGUAGAUGAGGACUCCACUGUUUGGUUUAACGUUUAUCUCUUUUCUUUGGCCGUCAGGGGCAGUGUGGGCUUGUUUUGUGCAGGUUCCUCCAUUCUAGACACGUGUGCUCUGCCGUCCCAGAACAAGGACCAUGGCUGUAGCAGUCCUUGGUCUGAAGUUUGCCACCACCCUUUUUUUUUCUCAGCUCAGGUACAGACACCCACCCCCAUCUUCCUUGUCCCUUAGCAUCCUUUCUUGUCCUCUUCCUCCCCUCUGAGUCCAGUUCCCAUUUGAGGAAUAUAGCCUUCUGUCUUUGAUUAUUCCCUUUGAAGUCAGGCAAUAAUCUCAUGUUUCCAGGUGAUUUCCUGAGGUGGAGAAUGGUGAAAAUUAGUGAGUUUUACCCUAAAAAUAUUCUAGUAACUCAGCAAGAAUAGGUGAAAUUGAGCAACUUUGGGUCUGACACUGCAUGGGGAAAGCGGGUCUUGUUCUGUCCAAGGUGAAUAAAGAAUUUAAAUACACACAUGCAACUUCUAACAUUCCAGAGGGUACAAAUAAUUGAUAAAGAUGGACUUCCUUGGUGUGAUUCUUCUGAAAACCUUUUGUUUGGAUGUGUUUAAAAUGAUAUCAGAAAAGUAACAUUUGGGAUAUGUGUGUUAGGGUGGGCUUAAUUGUCCUUUCCCCUUCAGUUGGCUCUAAUUUCUGAUAACUCUGUAAUUCUGAUUAUUUUGAUAAAAGAACAACCAUAGCAGAUGCAGUUUGAAAUCUGGGGCAUGCAGUGGUUCCCCAAGGGAAGAGGGCUGCCCCCCACUCCAAGAAGCCCUGGUGUACACAGCAAACAGAACUUGGAAUGCACCCCCCUCACUGGUUACUUCUGCUCCACACACCAUCUCCCCAGCAAAAGACUGGGGAAGAAGAGCCUUGAGCCUUUGCAGAGGUGUUUGGAGUCCUGUUCACUGAGUUCACCCUCCUGCCUGCACUAAGAUCACUUUGAACAGAGUCAUGUAAGAGAAACAUACACUUAGUACCUAAUAAUAUUCUCAGUAGUUCACUUGAUAGAUUUGAACCAUAGGUUCAGAAACUUUGGGGGAAAACUGGGACCAGUCUGGACGGGGCUUAAACUAUUCAGUUGCUGUACUUGGAUACUCAGGCACCUUCCAACAGGAAAACAUUUCCCAAGGGUAUUUAGGCUGGUGGCCCAUUUUGUUCACUUUUGAAGCUGGGCGUAAGGGUAGACAUGGGGGUGGGGCUUCUACUUUUGCCAACAACACAGGAAACGGGGCUCUUCAGUCCUCACAGCCACUUUUCCCUUUUGUGUAGGGUUUCUUCCUUAGGCCUUGAGAAGCAUGAUUAAAUGGUAGGGCAGCCGUCCUCGGCCAUCCUGAGACAUGUACCAUGCACAUGUGUACACGAGUAUCUCCCCUUCCAGCACCUCCAUUUUAGGUCAGCUCCACCUGUGGACUCACAUAAAAACAUCCGCAGUGUAACUGGCCUUCUCCGUGUCUGACCCACAGGGAGAAGGACAGUCGGGAAGCCCAUGAGCUAGGGAAGAACCAGGUUCUGUGGGCUGACAUUACAGUGCUGAGGUCUCCAGGGUGUUUAUUCCUAUUAAAAAGUGGAACUUCCCACAUAUAGUCGGCCUUGGUUACGGCUGGGUAGCCAACUGCCUUGGAGGUUAUGUGGCACUCUCCUGGAAGCAGUUGUCCUUUAGCAUUCAAAGCCUGUUCAGACCAGAUCUUCUGUGCUGACAGUGACCAUUAGCAUCCGCCCAUGUGUUCCUAGCACUUCCUGACAGCCCCUCUUCCUGAGGGGUCCACCUGGAGAGGGGAGACACUGAUGUCACGGCUGGCAGAGCCAUGCACUGCAGAAGGUUUGCUCUGAGUAGUCACCUAGUCCUUCAGACAGGCUUUUCUAAUGGUGAAGGAAAAGGUAAAAUUUGGGAUUCCACAGUGCCUUGCAUACAUUAGGCGCCCAAUACCUAUUUGUUGAAGCAAAUCAAGUUCUUUGUUCCCACAGUGACCAAGGCAUCUUCCUCCUCCGAAGGGCUUGGCGGUUGUGGCUAAAAACUAAGCAUCAUUAUUUGCUCGAGACCAUAUUUACAAUUUGUAUGAAUUUCGGUAUAUUGCCAAGAUGGGAUCUUUUUCCUAUUGUAUUUUCUGUAAAUAUUUCUGCCACUGACUUGUAAAGUAAAGAGAUGUAAAUAUGAA